UGCCGGAAGUUCUGCCUACUGCGACGGUUUGUGGUUCGGUUGUUUGGUGGAAACCAGGUGAGAUGUCUGAAGCAGUUACUACAGAAGCGCAACCAUCUCGGAGGAGGAGCACCAGGGUGAGAAGAGACACAACACAAGAUAAAGAUAAGCCCAGUGUGAAAGAUGACAGUGGACUGGCCAACAAGAGGAAGGCUAGUAACAGUAUGGCAGCAGCCACUGGCAGACAGGAAGCCAGGGCUCCACCACUCGCUGGCAGAGUGGAGCACAGUGCCAAGGCUGCUGCAGGCAGUGCUGUAGGGAAGACACCAGUGCAGCCAAGGACAAAAGGACGUGUUUCAGGUGCCACUGCUGUAGGAAAGGUUGAAAGGAAGGUUGCAGUAGGGAACACUGGAAAGGCAAAUGGGCACAUGUCAGCUGCUGACAAGGCUGAAGGGCAGGGAGUGGUGGCGCCUGCUGGAAAGGCCAAGCGACGUGCAUCGUCAGCAGCUACUGGCACGUUGGAGGGUGGCAUAACUGUGGUGACAUGUGGGGUGCAGGGCCAGGUGCUCUCUGCCACCAACAAGGCAAACACCACACCCAUCGUAAAGAAGUCAAAGACCAAACCAGCUCCAGAAAAGGUCUCACAGCAUUCCAGCUCUGAAAGUGCCAGGGGAAGACGUGCUUCCUUGGAGAGGAAGAGCAUGUCCAGGAAGAGCCGGUCCCGCAAGUCCAGGAAGAGCCACAAGGGUUCUUCACACAGUGCUAGCUGUUUAACCUGUUCUGAAGACAGUUACUCUGAUGAAAGCCAUUCUGAUAGCUGUAGCACUUGCAGUGACUAUGAUACUGGAAGUGAUAUUUCCUGCUCAUGUUCAGACUGUGAGUUUGAAGACCGGAUAAAAGGAAAGAGACAGCGAGCACCAAAGAAAAAGCCUGAAGUUGUGAUGAAAUUUAAUGAAAUUUACGCACCUGAUUAGCAGUGUCAAAAUUUCAAACUACAGUUUUAACUUGAA